AGGAGGCGGAGUCGUUGUCUAUCAUUGGGCUGGGCUGCCGCGCAGAGGACGAACCGCUCCUAGAGAGCUGAGGUGUGGCGGCCUGAUUGAGGUGUAGACGAAUGGCGUGCUGCUGCGGGUGCCUAUUCCUGGAUCUAGGAUGCCCCCGGAGGGCGAGGGAGAGUACUUACACCAGUGAAGUCGCAACUCUUUUGAAGUACUGAAGAUAUGUCAUAGCUUCAUACCAGAUUAUAAGAGAUUUCAUGGAAACAGUUUUAAAGAAAAUUACUCUAGAGAGUGCUGAGAAUGCAUCAGUCAACUGACCUUCAUGCAUUUGGAAACUGAGAGACUAUUCAAAUCAGUAUUAUAUACAUUUAAGAAAUGGAUUGGGACCAACUAGAAUUGAAUCCUAAAGUUAUCACUGCUGUUAAGAAAGCCAAACUAAAAUCAAUAAAGGAAGUUUUGCACCUUUCUGGACCAGAUUUGCAGAGAUUAACAAAACUGUCCAGCAUUGAUGUCCAGCAUUUAUUGAAAACAGUCUCAUUAGCACUAAGGAACAACCGUGUUCUGACAGCACUUCAUAUAUAUCAACAGAAAGAGGAAUUCCCAACACAGCAUAAGAAACUCAGCUUUGGCUGCUCAGUACUCAACAGACUUUUAAGAGGUGGUCUCCCCCUGGUGGGAAUUACAGAGCUAGUUGGACAGAGUUCAGCCGGGAAGACUCAGAUUGCCUUACAGCUCUCCCUCUGUGUGCAGUACCCUUAUGAGUAUGGAGGACUACAAUCAGGUGUGAUCUAUAUUUGUACAGAGGAUGUUUUCCCAGACAAGCGUUUGCAGCAACUAAUAGCUCUACAGCAUCAACUGAGGACAGAUGUUCCAGGGGAGAUCAUCAAGAAAAUUAAAUUUGGCAACUCUAUUUUCAUUGAGCAUGCAGCUGACAUAGAUACGUUGUUUGAGUGCAUUACUAAGAGGGCUCCCAUCUUGCUAUCUCGUGGAAUGGUUCGCUUGAUCAUCAUCGACUCCAUUGCUGCUCUGUUUCGAUGUGAAUUUGGCAUCCAGAAUUCCAUUACAAAAGCCAAAUAUUUACAGAACCUUGGGGCAAAGUUGCAUCAAUUAAGCAGUAGGUUCCAGAGCCCAGUAUUGUGUGUUAAUCAGAUAACAGAUACAUUGGAUGAGAGAGGGCUUACUGGCACCAAUCUGGAUGUACCUGAGAGAGUUUCUCCAGCCCUUGGAAUAACCUGGUCCAAUCAACUACUAAUGAGACUAAUGGUCAGUCGCCCAUCCUGUGAGUUUUCCAGAGAUACAGAUGCCUCAGCUACUGGAACUGUUGUUAGGACACUGAGUGUUGUUUUUGCCCCGCAUCUGCCCCAGUCCCACUGUCACUACACAGUCAGUGCAGAGGGUGUAAAAGGAGCAGAGUAAGGUGAUUACCACAGCUACACUAUUUUAGAAAGGUAGGAGAAAUGACACCUAUGAAAACCUUUACUAAUCCGCACUUGGUUUUAUAUAUAUGUGUGUAUAUGUGUGUGCCUAUAGUAUGUAUGUAUGUAUGUAGACAUAUGUAGACACAGACACAUGCCUAUGUGUACAUACUACUAAGCCCUGUUUGCAAAUAAAGCAUUAACAGUGAAUAACUUAA